AUGGAGGCUGAGGACUGGAAAGACCUGAUGCAGGGCAUGUCUUCCAGUCUCAGUGAGAGCCUUCAGAGCUUGGCGGGGAAGACUUUUGGCAGAGAGCUAUGGGGCGACUCGCUGGAGUUUCAGGCCGCUGUGUUUCUCCUGCACCACCUGGUCGCGCACGUGGAUGUGGAGUUGGGUGCGGCCGCUGGGGCAACCAGCGCCGAAGAGUUCCUGAAGUGGGUCGUCAAGCAGGCAUGUGUGCUGUGCUUGCUGCAUGCCGACGGUGAGAAAGAGAAGGCAGACAAUGAGGCCGCCACUUUAUUACAUCUUGCUGCAUUGCGGGGCAACCCGGCAGUUGUGCAGUACCUGCUAGAGGCCGGUGCUGACAAAGAGAAGGCGAACCCUAUUGGCUACACACCGUUGCUUCUUGCUGCAGCGGGUGGCCACCAAGCAGUUGUGCAGAGCUUGCUGGAGGCCGGUGCUGACAAAGAGAAGGUGAAGCCUUGUGGCGACACACCGUUGCAUCUUGCUGCUGCGGGUGGCCAUCAGGCAGUUGUGCAGAGCUUGCUGGAGGCCGGUGCUGACAAAGAGAAAGCGAACACUUUUGGCGAGACACCGUUGCUUCUUGCUGCUGCGGGUGGCCAUCAGGCAGUUGUGCAGAGCUUGCUGGAGGCCGGUGCUGACAAAGAGAAGGCGAACAAUCGUGGCGACACACCGUUGCAUCUUGCUGCAGAGCAAGGCCACCAGGCAGUUGUGCAGAGCUUGCUGGAGGCCGGUGCUGACAAAGAGAAGGUGAAGCCUUGUGGCGACACACCGUUGCAUCUUGCUGCUGCGGGUGGCCAUCAGGCAGUUGUGCAGAGCUUGCUGGAGGCCGGUGCUGACAAAGAGAAAGCGAACACUUUUGGCGAGACACCGUUGCUUCUUGCUGCAGCGGGUGGCCACCAAGCAGUUGUGCAGAGCUUGCUGGAGGCCGGUGCUGACAAAGAGAGUGCUGACAAAGAGAAGCCGAACAAUCGUGGCGACACACCGUUGCAUCUUGCUGCUGCGGGUGGCCAUCAGGCAGUUGUGCAGAGCUUGCUGGAGGCCGGUGCUGACAAAGAGAAAGCGAACGCUUUUGGCUACACACCGUUGCUUCUUGCUGCAGUGCUUGGCCACCAAGCAGUUGUGCAGAGCUUGCUGGAGGCCGGUGCUGACAAAGAGAAGGUGAAGCCUUGUGGCUACACAGUGUUGCAUCUUGCUGCUGCGGGUGGCCAUCAGGCAGUUGUGCAGAGCUUGCUGGAGGCCGGUGCUGACAAAGAGAAGGCGAACAAUCGUGGCGACACACCGUUGCGUCUUGCUGCUUUUCAUGGCCACCAGGCAGUUGUGCAGAGCUUGCUGGAGGCCGGUGCUGACAAAGAGAAGGCGAACGCUGAUGGCGACACACCGUUGCAUCUUGCUGCUGAGCGAGGCCACCAGGCAGUUGUGCAGAGCUUGCUGGAGGCCGGUGCUGACAAAGAGAAGGCGAACGCUAUUGGCGACACACCGUUGCAUCUUGCUGCAGAGCAAGGCCACCAGGCAGUUGUGCAGAGCUUGCUGGAGGCCGGUGCUGACAAAGAGAAGCCGAACAAUCGUGGCGACACACCGUUGCAUCUUGCUGCUGAGCAAGGCCAUCAGGCAGUUGCGCAGAGCUUGCUGGAGGCCGGCUCAACACAGAGAAGGCAAACGCCUGGCGCUGCUUCAUAG